AGAAGUACAAAACCAAUGGCAACUAGAAUUUUAGUUGGAGUUUAGGACUAUCACGCAACUAGUCAUUCUCUCUUAAUUCCACGCACUUUGGAUCGAGAUUUUGAGAAAAGAAUCUGGUCAAGUCAGUCUUGUGUUCAAUUCGCUGGCCUUAGUAGAAUGAAUUUCAAGAAUUCCAUCAAUGAAUACUAUCACUAUAUUGUUUAUACACUUCUAACCGUAACGUUAUUAUAUAUUUUCUUGUUAAGCUCCUCCGCUAAGAGCAUCAAUUUUGCUUUAUAUACGACGCGAAACUCCGUUUAUCAACCUUCAAACAAAUUUAACACGAAAAUACAUGGAGAUAAGCUUGAAGAAGCAUUAGCGGGAGCGUCAACGGAGGACAAAACGGUAAUUAUCACGAUUGUAAAUAAAGCAUAUGUUGAGGGAGAUAAGCCUAUGUUAGAUAUUUUCUUGGAUGGUUUCUGGCUUGGAGAAGGCACUGAAGAUUUAAUCAAACACCUUUUGAUUGUUGCGAUGGAUCAAACGUCGUACAAAAGGUGCAUGUUCCUGCAUCUUCAUUGUUACAAGCUCGAAACAGAUGGUGUAGGUUUCAUCGGAGAGAAACUGUACAUGUCGAAAGACUUUAUAAAGAUGAUGUGGGAAAGAACUCGGUUCCUAGGAGACAUUCUAAAAAGUGGUUAUAGCUUCGUCUUCACGGACACUGAUGUGUUAUGGCUAAGAAAUCCAUUCCCAAGGUUGAGCCACAACAAUUCCAUCGACUUGCAGAUCAGUACAGAUGAAUUCAAUGGCAACCAAUGGUCGGAGGCCAAUCUCAUUAAUACGGGCUUCUACAUGAUCAGAUCAAACAACAGAACCAUCGCAUUGUUUGACAAGUGGUAUACUAAGAAAGACAAUUCCACCGGAUUAAAAGAACAGGACGUUCUGCAGAAGAUGAUACGUGAAGGAGAAGUUCGAAAUUUAGGCCUUAAAGUGAGGUUCUUGGACACUGUUUAUUUUAGCGGAUUCUGUCAAAAUAGUAAGGAUGUUAGAGCCGUAGUGACUGUUCAUUCCAACUGCUGUAGAAGAAUAAAGUCCAAAACGGCUGAUUUGACGGUAGUCAUUCAUGAUUGGAAAAGGUUUAUGAGCGCCACUGAGAAUGAGACGUCCUGGUUCCAGUGGACGCCUCAUGAUCACUGUCGGGAUUCUUGGCGACACUGAGGAUCGUAUGAUUAUACCUUGAGAAAUUUAACAAUUAUAUAUGGUUACAAAUUCUUUUCAAAUUCAAUCUUGUGAUUUUGUAGCAAGGGAGUGUAUCUUUUGUAAAUACAUAAUAAGAAUUUUUGCCCCAUUUUCGUAUAAAAUUUAAGUUUUACUUUUCUUAUAAGAAAAAUAAAAGUAAUAGCAUAAUUAUUUUAUUUCUCCUAAAAGAAAAAUAUAAUUCUUUUUUAUAUUUGGUUAACCUUUUUCUUGGGAAAAGAUUUUGUACAGAAGACCUCUUUUCAUGCAAUAAUACAACAACAUUCACAGUGUAGUCUUUAAACUGUCUUGUAAGAGGGAGAUUUUCUCAUAGUUUUAUAUUUUUCAAUAUUAGAUUUUCAUAUGUAGAUCGUUUGACCAAAUCAUAUUAAUAAUAUAUUUUUUA